AUGACUUCCGCAGACGUGCGUCGGACAGUUUCUCCACGGAAAUCGAAAAUACGAUGGGAUCCUGCGCUCGAUAAUGCAAUCGUAGUGACAAAUCAUCGACAUUCCUAUGAUCAAAAUGGGAUCAACGGUGGACCUUAUUCUACACCCGAGAAUGAAAGCACACCUCUGCUGGGUCCCUCUCCUGCAUCCCAUUCGUCCUCUUCAUACUAUGGAGUCAUCUUUUCAAGAAGUCUCAAGUCUGUCACUGUCCCGGAACCAGCUCGAAUCCGCCAAGCGUUGCAUGACACAGCUAUCGUUUCACUCCGAGCUAUCCCCGCUGUCCUACUGGGAAGCCUUCUUAACAUCUUAGAUGGUGUAUCUUAUGGGAUGAUCAUAUUUCCCACUUCUGCUCCGUUCACUAAUUUGGGACCGAUGGGUGUAUCCAUGUUCUUCGUUUCGUGCGUACUUGCACAACUUUGCUUCACAUUUGGAGGAAGUGGUUUUGCGGGUGCAAACGGCAGUAUGAUGAUUGAGGUUGUGCCGUUUUACCAUAUACUGGCGGCGAGUAUUGCUCAAAACAUUGGGGAAGACAAACCUGCAGAAGUUAUCGCUACCACGAUUGUUGCUUAUGCUUUGAGUAGCGUCUUGACCGGUCUAUCAUUUUUCCUGCUUGGUGCUCUUAAACUUGGAACUCUCAUUGGAUUCUUCCCCCGCCAUAUCCUGGUGGGCUGUAUAGGCGGUGUCGGCGCAUUCCUCAUUGAAACUGGACUGACAGUGUCAAUGAGGAUACCCGACGACAACUUUGUCAUUGAUCUUCGAACUCUCAAAUUCAUGUUCCUAGAACCUCAAACUCUUGCCCUUUGGACUAUUCCCUUAGGAUUAGCUAUUUCAUUGAGAGUCAUCACAAGUAAAUGGAGCCACCAGCUCAUCUUUCCUGUUUAUUUCGUCGUCAUUCCCAUUCUCUUUUACAUUAUCGUUGCUGCCGCACAGGUGAAUCUAGAUGAAUUACGCGAAAAUGGUUGGUUGUUUGAUAUUCCUGGCGGUGUCAAAGGACAGCCUGAAAAAUGGUGGAGGUUCUACACUUAUUUUGAUCGGAACCUCAUUCAUUUGGAACCUCUAUGGUCGACUCUGCCCACUCAAUUUGCUCUCCUAUUCUUCAACAUAUUACAUCCUCCUUUGAAUGUACCUGCUUUGGCUGUCUCCUUGAACGAGGAUGUCGACACGAACAAGGAGCUCGUGGCCCAUGGAUACUCCAAUAUCUUGGCAGGUGUCUUUGGAACUGUACCCAAUUAUCUUGUAUACGUGAACACAUUAUUAUUCUAUCGUGUUGGAGGGGAUACUCGGGUGGCCGGAUUCCUCCUUGCUGUUGCCACAACCGUCCUACUACUCGUUGGGACAGGUCCGAUUGCCUUCAUCCCUGUCUCGGUGGUUGGUGCACUCAUAUUUGUCUUGGGUAUUGACCUGGUCAAAGAAGCGUUAUGGGAUACAAGGCAUCGUGUCAGCAGAACGGAAUACAUCACGAUAGUGAGCAUUAUAAUAGCAAUGACGGUCUGGGACUUCGUGAUUGGUGUACUCUUCGGCAUCGUCGUCAGCUGCUUCUUCUUCGUUGUUCAGAAUUCUCAAAGGCGCAGCAUUCGGGCAUUCCAUACAGGAAAUACCAUGAUGUCUACCGUCCGGCGUCCUAAUGCGCAACGUGCGUAUCUGAAAGAAGUUUCAAGGCAAACUACCAUUCUCAGGCUCCAAGGCUUUCUGUUCUUUGGCACAAUAACGUAUGUCGAAGAAGCUAUUCGUGGCAUUCUUGAUGCGCCGUCGUGGCAAAGGAAUCCUGUUCGCUUCCUCGUGGUGGAUCUUACUUUGGUUGCCGGUGUGGAUAUGUCGUCAGCUGAGGCUUUCGUACGCGUUCAGCGUCUCCUUGCUGCUAAAUAUGUCACUCUGGUCUUUUGUGGGUUCAAGGUUGAUUCAGCAGUUGGAAAGGCGUUAAAGAGCGUUGGCAUUAUGGGAACAGAGGGGGUGGAAUUGUUUUUAACUUUGAACGAUGCCAUGGAAUGGACGGAGAAUGUAUACCUCAAGGCAUAUUACAGGUCACAAAAACAGGAAAUGGGCAUUCCCUUCGCCCUUCCUGGUCGUCAAGAUGUCGAUGUAAUCUCUUCAUAUCAAUCCUCUCAAACCUCCAUAAGCUCUCCGCGACACACUAUGUUAUCUGAAGUCGGCUCUCGAACAAUUGCCAAUGAGCUACGCUCUCCGCCCAUGCUUGAGGAUACUGCAACUUCCGAGCCAUUCCUUACCCUUGUUCGCGCCUUCUCUUCGUUUGAAGAAUUCGACUUCAAUCAAUUUUUGGCCCUCGUCCCAUAUCUUCAAAGGAUGUCGGUACCCGAAGGCUUUGUCCUCUGGCGCCAGGAUGAUUCCUCCGAUGGAUUAUAUCUCAUUGAAUCCGGGAUAUUGCGCGCAACAUAUGAAUUUGCAGAGUAUGCGCAAAAUAUCGAAGAAUCAAUGGUACCAGGUACCCUAGCUGGUGAACUGUCGGCCCUGUCUGAUCUUCCACGAAAUGCCACCGCAGUCGCUGAACGGCCAGCCGUAUUAUGGAAACUUAGCACUGAGAAUCUGCGCCUUUUAGGAACGGAGGAGCCUAACUUGGCGAGGGUGUUUACACAAAUGGUGCUCAAAUCUGCUAAAAUUGACUAUGAUACGUUGCUCGCUGCUUUGGCAGGUAGACAGUAG